AUGAACACGCUCACGGCGACUUGCUCGCUGGCGCUCGACGACGCCGACGACGACAAUGGUUGCUUGCAGGUGGUUCCCGGAUCGCACCUCGAGGCCGAGCUGCGUCCGCACCGCCCGGUCUUCAAGCCAUCGACCAAUGGCGAGCGGGACGGCGGGCACACGCUCGCCGCGCAGCUUGAGGCCGACGACAAGGUCGUCUCGCUGCCGGUGAAGCGGGGUUCGAUCAGCGUGCACAACGAGCGGAUCCUCCACGGGUCGCCCGGCAACGGCUCCGACCGCUGGCGGCGGACGUACAUCGUCGCGUUCCGCCCGAAGGCGAUCGUCGAUUACGAGCGCGGCGUUGGCUUCACACACUCGCACAACGACAAGGUGCAGUGGCAGACUUUGCUCGAAGGCGGCCCUAUGCACACUUCACGUCGUGAAUUCUUGAAGCACGCCACGGCGCUCGCCGGCGUCGCUUGUACCAGUAGCGCUUGGGCGGGCGCCGCGAAUGAUCGUCUCAACCUUGCCUUUGUCGGUUGCGGCGGCAUGGGGAGCGGUCACCUCGGUUGGGCGCUGCAACAGCCCGACUUGCGUGUUGUUGCGUUGUGCGACGUAGACGCCAAUCACUUGAAAGGCGCCGCGGCGAAAGCGCCGGAUGCUUUCACGAGCGGCGACUUCCGUGAGGUUGUCGGCCGCGACGACGUGGACGCGGUCUUCAUCGCCACACCCGAUCACUGGCACGCGCUGGUGGGGAUCGCCGCGGCGAAGGCCGGCAAACACGUCUAUUGCGAGAAGCCGCUCACCAACUCGAUCGGCGAAGGCCGGGCGUUGGUGAACGCGGUGAAAGACGCCGGCGUUGUCUUGCAGACGGGGUCGCACGAGCGAUCCAACCCCGGCGCGGCUGUCGCCAAGCGGCUCGUCGCCGAGGGGAAUCUUGGCGAGGUGAAGACGGUGCGCAUCCAUCUGCCCAACGCCGACCCGCACCUGCAAGAGGUCGAGAACUUUACGUCGCCGCCGCCCGACCGCGAUCCGCCGGCGGGGCUCGACUACGACUUUUGGCUCGGGCACACGCCGGUGAUGCCUUACAACGAGAAGCGUUGCCAUUUCUUCUGGCGGUUCCACCGCGCGUACGGCGGCGGCGAGAUCACCGACCGCGGCGCCCAUGUGAUCGACCUGGCGCACAUGAUACUCGGCCUCGACGAUACCGGACCCGUGCGAGUCAAUGCCGUCGGUACGCCGCCCAAGGGCGACUUCUACGACGCGUUCAUCACGUUCCGGUUCGACAACGAGUACGCCAAUGGCCUGCGGAUGAUCGGCGACAACAGCGGCCCCCGCGGGCUGACGCUCGAAGGGACCGAGGGCAAGCUUUUUGUCGCGGUGCAUGGCUGCGCGCUGUCGGCGGAGCCGGCGUCGCUGCUAGAGGGCGUCUCGCUGCCGGGAAUCGACCCGUACGCGACGCAUCGGCGAAGCCUGCUCGACGCGAUCCGCAGCGGCAGCGGCGAGGUCUCGGCCCCGGUCGGCGCGGGACACCACACAGCGGUUGCCUGCCACCUCAACAAUUUGUCGAUGCUGACGGAGAAGCCGUUCGCUUGGGACCCGGUGGCGGAACAGUCGGAUUCGGACGAAGUGAACGCAAUGCUCACACCGAAGAUGCGGGCGCCAUGGGUGCUGUGA